AUGGAUGCAGACCUCGAUCGGAUUGUAGUUGAGUGCUACUCAAUCACUUGCCCAUUUUUUCAGGUUCAACAGAUGAAAGCCUUAGCGAAAGAAGAGCGAGCACGAAGACAGUGUGUAGCUGAUACAUGUUGGAUUGCCUGUAAUGACCCGAAUGACUUUAGCAAGAAGUUGCCCGAAUUGCGAGAGAGCGAGAAGAACGUCUUCAAAUCGAAAAUGAACGAAAUCAGCUUGAAGGCUGAAGUAGAAAAGAUAGCAGAACAACUUGCACAGGCCAAGGAGGCAGCCCGCAAAACCGAGGAAACAGCGGAGCUACUCGCUGAGAAAGCGAGAGCGAGCGAGCAAGAAACGUUGAUGCUCACAAAAAGAGUCAGCGAAGCAGAGGCGGAAUGUCACCGGUUACAAAUGAAUCAUGUUAAGUCGGAGGAAGCAUUAAUGAGGAUGGAGCGCAAGGCUCGCGAAGCGGAGCUAUACGCACAACGGAUAUCAAUGUCAUUGGCUGAUGUUAAUACGAAACCCCACUAUGCGAGUCACGCACUAAUUACAGAGCCUACUAUUUGGCCCAUGACUAAUAUGGCCUUGCAAGGUACGCUUUCUCACCAUCAACUGAUGAUGUCUGCUGGCUCACAAGAAGGUGAUCGCGGUGCGAUUUCCGAUCGGCCAGCGAUGCAUACGUCACAACAUCCUUCUUCGCUCAGCUCGAUGUUUAGAUCAGUGCCACCCAGCAUAGCCCAGAUUGUGCAUGCCCCUCCACCGGAUCCAUCGGUUAAUCAGCGACUCGAGUUUCAUAACUUACGCACGGAACUUGAAAAAUCCAGGCAUGAUUUUUCUGAAAAGGCACGACUUUUCAAAGAGAGAUUGGACGAUUUCCGAAACGAAAUUGACGCAAUGAAAAGAGAAGACAGGCAAACUGAGCACGAUGUUAUUCAUAUUCAUAAUAUGCACAACGGAUUCGACAAAUUCACGACUUUGAGAAUGUCCGUUUUGAAAGCGUAUCCAGUUGGGAUGAUAGCAAAGAGAGCUGGAGGCUCUGUCGACAAGUCGCCAGCUGUCAGGAAGCCUAAAGUGGCCGAGGCGUCCGCUCCGAUCAUUGAGCCUGCGGACCUGUAUAAAAUGGAAGAUGAAAUUGCACGUUCAACAACACAUGCUGAGCUUGAGAAAAAUUUUCUACGCGAAUCAGCUAUGUUGAGGGCUGUUCUGCAGAAAUUCAUAGACGGCGAGACUGAGCCUUGUAGCUCUAGUGUGCUUCUCAAUAUCAUCCAGAUGCGUAGGUGUUCGAGGAUUGCCCACUAUGCUACGGCUCAGCUUCGUUCCGAAACGAGUGCACGACUUGAGCAGGUCGAAGCAAAAUAUUUACUACUCCAAAACUCGUCAAGUGAAAUACAGCAUUUACAAAAAGAAAUAAGUCGCUGUUUACAAUUCAGGGCAGAACUUCCUGGAUGUUUGGCUCAUCCAAGUCGCAACUCAACAGAAUUGUCUAGCCUCCGGCGGCAGCAGUUUCGCAUGCUGGUUUUCCCGUUUGGUGGUUCAAAUACGCCUGGUAUUUAUAGUGCCGGCGACGAAGAUAUCGAACUGGUUCCAUUGGAUGAAUUCUAUGCUCAUGCUCCUGAGGGAGUAUCUCGACCAGAGGUGACCAAAACGAAUGAGCACGAGCAGCGAUUAGCAAGGUUGACGUGGGAAAUAGCACAACGGAAAGCAUUGGUUGAUACAUUAACUGAACAAGAAGGUCGUCGGAAUGUUCUUAUCAGCAGUAUCAAUGGCAAGGAGCAACGAUUGAAGAGCCUUCGAUCGAAAAUCUCUUUAUUAAUAACAGUACGUGAAUUUCAAUGUUCCAUUCAAAGCCCUCAAUCUGAGAGCUGGGAGUUGCACCCAAAAAUUCGCAACGCUGCCAAGCCUGUUCAAGAGGCGCUUGGAGUUGGAAAUGCUUCGGCCUCAUCUGCAGAACAGCGAGCUCUGUUUUCCUUGCUGCCGCAUGACUUAUCGGUCUUAUACGUGCAGGCUGAGGCCUAUAGGGAUAUCAUGGAAGAUACGAGCUUACAAGUAGUAAUUCGUGGAGAUGCAAAUGAGGCACUGCGGCUGAAUCGCCGACAAAAAGAGGAGGCUGAGGAGAAGGAAAGGAGCGACGAUGAAGAAACAAGUGAUAAUGAUGAGCGACACAGUGUUGUGUCAGAUCGACUGGAGUUGAACAAGAAGGCAGUUACCCAGCCACAUCCCAUUUAUCUGAAGAUUGAUAUAGGAUGUCAAGAUGAUGUUAAAGUUGCUUUGAAACUGUUUCAUCUACCGGAGUUGAGGGUUACGUGCAUGAAGUACAAAAUCACUGGGAAAUUGCCAACACAUGGUGGUGUCUCCGCUCAUGAAAACUUACUCGAUUCUUUGUUUCCUGGUGACGAUGGAAUGGAGUGCCCAAAUCCUGUAGGAGCAGCGAAGCUAGCUCAACUCAAGAUCGGAGUGGAUUCGUUUGCUAGUAAAUAUGGCCGACCAUAUCGGUUCGUGCAGGCGUUGACAGGAUCGGCAUCGUUGACUGGCGGAGAUUCGCCAUCAAAAAUCGACACUACAGGCAUACAACUGGCUGAUGUACUACACGAUGUUGUAAAAGCCAUCCGCGAUCGUGUAUGGGCCCGUGUGAAACUCGUCCGUCAACUAGUCGCUUUAGAAUCUUCACCAAUGGAUGCCAUACGAUUAUUUGACAUCCCAUUGAAGAUGGUCACACAGAUCACCUCCUUUAAAAUGAUUGAUGAAGAGACGUUCAUGUCAUCUGUGACGCCAGAGCUGAGGAUUUUAGCCUCACGCGAGAAGGGAGCGUUCUUUUUCAUGGCUGCUUUGUUGAAUAAACUGUCUGAUCUCAAAAUUAAUGCCUACAUCAUGUUACCGGUGGACUAUCCUAAGCAGUUACCACUCUUUGGUAUUGUGUUCAUUAAAAAUGAGACUAAAGAAUCUCCGCAGCAGACGUUUUGUCCUACCGAUUGUUACAUUGUGAAGUCUCUGGAAAAGUACAUUAACGUGGAUUGCAUUACGGAAGAGCACGUCGACUUGGAUUCUAUAUUGACGCGACAGUUGGCAUAUUUAGCGAGUAGAUGUGAUGUGGUUGCUGAUCUUGUCCCACAGUUCCAAUCCGGCAGUAACACUCAACGACAGCAUCUGUAUAGUAGAAUGUCACGAGGACGUGAUGAUGAUCUCCCGUUUGGGUAUUCACCUGCAACAAACGCUUUCGCGUUUCAAUAG